AUGCAUCGUGCCGCCCUCAUACCUUGCCUCCUCUCCCUCGCUUUUCUCCCUGUGCGUGCGCAUCGGGACUUGUUUUUUUUUUACAGAAGAGUGUGUCGAUAUGAGUGUACAUUCUUACGGCCCCCUGAACAUUGUAACCCACCACCACCAAGGCAGCUGCGGCCACUGCUGAUCCUCUGCGCCGUGGACUGCUUCAAUGUAUUGCCUUUUCCUCUGCUCCCUUUCUCCCGUGCGUGUUCGGCAGCACACACACACACACGCACACACCCCGACUUGAUAGUGAAGAUGCAUUACGGCAUCCCCUCGGCCGCCACACCGCCCCAGCAGCUCCCAUCACCGACAGAGGCGGCUCGUGCACGCGCCUUCCGUGCUGAGGCACGCCUGCGCACCGUCCUCCGACAGGUGAGCGCGCUUCGCUGUGCGCAGCAGCAAGGAGGUGGAGAUCACGUUAGCCAGCACCGUGACCCGGUGGCCGUAGCGGCGGAGGCAACGUCGGAGUUGCCUCCGACGUCUUCCUCCCCACCCGUUCAUCGCAAUGAUGCGCCAACUGCGGCCGCAGCAGCAGCGUCGUCGUCCCCUCCCCGUCCACUGGUCCUCGAGCUCCCUCUCGCCCCGCUAGAACAACGAGUGAAGCAGAAGAAGGCGCGCGAUGCCACUCGCCAGCAGCGUCGAGAUGCUCGCCAAGCGGCGGCCGCCGCAGCGGCGCCGACGACGACGACAUCCGCGACGGCGGCGGACAUGGUGCGCAACGCGCUGUCGCAGCCUCUCGGCGUCGUGGCGGCUCGCUUCCUCUCCGCUGCAGCAUCUGGGGCUCCGUCGAUCUUCCCGGGUGUGGCCAUUACUUCCACCAGCGCCGCCGACGGUCACAUGAGCGACUGGCUUGCCUCGACACCGCCGCCACCGGCAGCUCAGAUGUCACACGCUGCGCCGUCGACCACCAUCACUUCAGGCCCGUGCCCCGGCAUCCCUCCGCACCGUGCAGGCAGCGACAAGCAUAUUGCCCCUCCCAGCCCUGCAAGCAGCAUGCCCAAGAUUCCCUAUCAGUCGCCCCCGCCGCGUGAGCGAGGUCAGCGUUGCCGGUGCCGCCACUCUCGUCACUCGCGCGACAGCGCCGACGACAGCCCGAGCCCGCUCGCGCUGCUGCUUCAGACGCCGCCCUCCGCGAGUGGCAGUCAGGGUUCCCCCCACCGCUAUCAACCCUCGCUCCAUCACCCAGAGCAGGAAGACCGACAUCGCCACCAUCAUUGGUGGCGUUGCGGCGCCCGUGAGGCGGUGAGUAGUGCUCCAGCUCCAGCUGGAAGUGCCACCAUCAACGCGAUGUCCAAGCACAAGCAGGUACGGUCGUCUUUGCGGCAUCAGGGCAGCACGCCAACGGCGAAGACAUCGAACCCCGUAGGCGUCUUCGGCAACAGCUCUAUCAGUUUCCUCGCGCGGACGUUGCGCGAGGCUGGCACUGCGGCGCUGGCGGCCUCGCCUCUGACUAGGAGUGAAAUGCGGCACACCCCCGCUGCCGACCACCGCCACGCCGGACACUACCGCGCCAGUCGGCUUAGAGAGACGCUAGAGCGGAGUAGCGAGGGCGUCAACGUCAGCAUCGCAGCGUCUUCGCCUACGCGCGCGCGCUUGCCCGCGUCGCCGGGGCCGUCCCGCAGCGGCAGCGGUUCCCACGCCGCAGACGGGUGCCUCCCUCACUCCUCAUGCAACUCCUCGUGUGUAUGCUCGAAGUCCGGCUGUGACAGCUGGAGAGGCAGUGAGGUCUCGUGGAGCGCCAGCAGUUCGCGGACGUCUUUCGUGCGUGGGGUUCGCUCGCCGCCGUCGGAGCCGUUCACGCCUCUGACUAUUCCUCGAGACGGCCGCUACGACCCGCAUGCGCCGCUGCUGCCCCUCAUGGAGUGCUACGGCGACACCCCCACGCGCGAGGUGUUCUGCCGCGUGCCAUCUACGUCGACACAGCACACCGCCGGCCGCUCCUCCACACCGAUGUCCUCGGAGUGGUCCAGGGAGUCGUCCAGCGCGGCCCAAAGCGCCGUGGGUGCAGCAGAAGCAGCGCCGGUUGCUGGCCUCUGCGCACUGGACGCGCCUGAGGAAGCUGUGAAAAGGCAGCGGGAGCAGCAGCUCGAGAGCCAGCACCGCCGGCGCUCGAUGCUUUCCUCCACAACCAACACGCAGCUGAGCUACAUGGCGGAGAUGGACGCCAUCGAACGUGGGGUGGUGGCCCCGUACGUGUCUUACCUCUUCUCGCCCGAGGCACGUGUGAUCGACCUCCGCCAGCUGAAGGGCCGCGUGAGCCUUUGCGACCCGGCGCCAGCGCUGGAAGCGACGUGUCUCGGAUUCUCGCGCGCCGCGGAUGAGUACUUGGUCGGGACGUCGUCGGGCCUGCUCUGGCGGGUGCCCGCCGGUGGCGGCGCGGAGGCGACGCGAGCAACGCCUCUCGGUAGUCUCUGGCCCCCGCACACGCCGACGAGAGCGAACCCGACCGCCGCUGCCGCCUCGGGCACCAUCGCAGGGGCGGGAGGCGACGCGCCGGGCGGCGGUCUCUCAAAGCUGCUGCCCGUCCCCCUCCCCGGCCACACGGCAGCCAUCCUCUCCAUCGCCUUCAACGACGACGGGGCCUUGUUCGCGACGACAGGGAUGGACGGGUGCGUGAUCGUGUGGAACGCCAGCACGAGCGCCAAGCUGCGCCGCAUCAGCGCUGUGUGGGCAUCCUCAACCUCGGCAGCGGCAUCGACUUCCAUGUACGCCGGUGUCGACGACGCGGCCGGCCGGCGUGCGCCGCACCUCGUCCACUUCAUGCCACAGAACAACAACUACCUCCUGGUCAGCUACCUCGGCAGCAGCGAGCUGCACCUCUACAACAGCUCCACAGGGCUACCGGUGACGAACGUCGCUGGCGCCGCACUGGCGCGCGCUGCGGCGAGCACGGUAAAGGACCAUCACAAGAGUGCCGUGGGUCCCCACGGCAGUGGCAGGGCCAGCGCCGGGUCUGCCGCGUCGUCAGGGGCCAUUACCGCCCUCGCUGUCGACCCGGUCGCCUCGCCCUUCUUCUUCUCAGGCGACGCCAGCGGUACUGUUGUGAUGUGGACGUACCGCGCCGGCGACGUCGUGGCCAUGGCGACCCUGCGCCCCACCACCGCUGCCUCCUCCUCCACCGCUUUGGCCGGCAGCGGCGCGGGCAAGCACGCUCGCACCCCGUCCUACGUGGUCGAUCCCCUCCUGCACGGCACCCACGGCACGGUCGGCAGCAGUGGUGACGGCACGGCAGCCUUCUCGACCCCGCUCUACCAGCUCCCGGAGCUGCGUCGUGUCACGACACUCGCGCUGCCGGAGCAGAUGAGCGGCAUCGCCGCGUUGGGGGUUAGCACCCUCCACGUAUCGCAGCUGCACAGCCUCUUCCGCCGUUGUGGGCCGCGGCGGGGUGCAGCGUCGGCGCAGAGAACGAGCGAUGGCGGUGCCGUUGGUCCGCGACCUGCUCCACGACACCCAUUCGAGUCAACCGCGGAGGUCUUCCGCGCAGUGGCGCAGCAGAAUCGCGCGUUCUGGGCGGCGGCGCUGCCGGGUGCUGCUGCCGCGGACGGCGUUGCUCGAAAUCAACGCGAUUCUCACGGCAGAAGCGGCGCGCAUCCGCAGGCCGCCUUGCACGGCGGGCCCGCUGCCUCCACUGCCGUCGCCGCCACAAGUGGCGACAAAAGCAGCCUCCCGCAGGUCCUCGCCAGAUGGCCGUCGCGUCUGUCGGAGACGUUCUCGGCGCUCUGGGGGGGCGGUGACGGUGCACCUUCAUCUGCGGCCCAUUCCGGUCUCGCACCUGCAAGGCACAAAGGGAAGCUAGCAACGGCGGCAGCGAAGGGGUCCAUGGCAACUGCAUCCACCGCCGGCGCUGCCGCGCCUGUCACCGCUCUCUCCGAAGGCGAUCUUCUUCACCAGUUGCGCAACGAUGCUCUCGAUGCUGUCUGCCCAUUGCUCGUACUUGUUACGCUACCGUGUGAUACCAUCUACGCCCUUGGGGUGCUCCUGCAGCUCCAGCCCAGUGGUCGGCGCGGCAGCGCCGGAGGCAGAGGGGGCGUGGUCGGUGCCGGAACUCCAGAGGCCAGCUACUGUCUCUACCCCCUCUUGAAGACGACGAGCCCGAGUCGCCUGCGGCACCUCGGCGUUGGCGCGGUGCAGUCCCCUGAUAACCCGCGGUUGAUCGUCGUCGCUACGCCGUGCGAGGAAGGCUUCGUGCGAGUGGAGCCGCUGCUGCAUGUUGCGACACCGUCACCGUCAGUGCAGCGCACACCCCCAGCUGGCGUGUCCGCAAUCCCCACCCCGGGUGUGGGCUCUCUGCAGCCUGGCAACAAGGCGGCGGUGAACGACGACGGCAGACACCGCAGUCACAGUCGCGUGCUUGCCACGUUGCCCAUGCCGUACGGCGGGCGCUGUACCGGUGUUGCGUGGUCGCCGAACGGCCGCUUCCUCGUGGCCAUCACCGCCGAGGGCGUCAUUUACCAGUGGGCACGCGUGUACCUGCUGGGCCCAUCCUCCCCCUCGGCCAACGCCGCCGCCGCAGCAGCAGCGAUUACAAGGAAGGGGGACGUGGCGCAGGUCGGCGGCCGUGACGGUGUAACCCCUGCUCAUGGCAUGCCACCAGCCGAGGGGGAAGUGGAGGUGAGGUCCUCGCCAGCAGUGGGUGCAGCUUCCGCGGCAGCCGCCCGGCGUCGCGGCUGCGCCACGGAGCGGUCGGACACGGUGAACGGGGAGGCGUUGCCGGCGGCGCAUUUCACCGGCCUUCUCGGGGCUCCGAUGGCGAGCGCGGCGGCAUCGCCACCGGGUCUGGCGGCGGGCGCGAAUGCCGCCGCGCGUGCCGCCUUUAGCGAGGAGGAUGCGUGGCGGGAAAGUCUCCAUCGUGAGCUAGAGCGGCAGCGGCGCGCGCAGGCGGCCCUGAAGCUUGUGGCACAUGUCAGGGCUGGUCGGCAAGAUGGCGCCGUGAGCAGCAGCGGCUACUGGCUGGACGAUGACGAUGCGGCGAACUCGGCGGUCACGGAGGACUCGCUUGAGGGUGACGAAACGGAGUCAUAG